AUGCCGUCCAAUGUCCUCAUCGUCGGAGCAACGCGAGGUCUCGGUUUUGAGCUCGCAAAGCAAUACACAUCAAAUGGUCACCACGUCACAGGCACAGCACGAUCAGGGCCGCCGCAAGAUGCACCAUCUGACAUCAAAUGGAUCAGCAGUGUCGAUGUCGCUGAACAAUCAGCCGGCAAGACGAUAGCAGCAGGACUCAAAAACCAGCAGCAAGACAUCGUGAUCAUUUCAGCUGGCUACUUUGGCAAGGAAUCCUUCGACGAGCCUGACUUCGAUGCUGAGGUGACCAUGUACAAGACAUCUGCUAUUGGGCCUGUCUUCAUCACGCAUGCCUUGGAGAAAGCCGGUCUGCUGAAGAAGGGCACCAAAUUGAUCCUCGUGUCGUCGGAAGCUGGCUCGAUCACGUUACGGCACGAGAGCGAAGGCGGCGGCAUGUACGGACACCACGCCUCCAAAGCCGCCUUGAACAUGGUUGGAAAACUCCUCAGUUUCGAUUUGAAGGACAAGGGCGUUGCAGUCGGUCUUGUGCAUCCUGCCUUCAUGCGCACGGAGAUGACUCGUGGCGUUGGCUUUGACAAGUUUUGGGACGACGGGGGAGCCGUGACUCCAGACGUGAGCGCCAAGUCGUUGGUAGACUGGAUUGAGACUUUUGACAUCCGCCAAACAGGAGAGUACUGGGCACCACGAGGAGCUGGCGACAUUGGUACUGCAGAGCCUACCAUCGGGCCCAAGGACAAGUUACCCACACCUCUGCAGCUUCCGUGGUAG